GCUACUUUUCUUUCUCAAAACCGUCAAUUUUUCUUAGCAAUCUCUCACAUUUUAUUUCUUUUGGUCAUUUUCUUCUUCGUUUUCUGUUUCAGUUUCAAAAAGUUUUGAAGUAUUUCUCAAAUUUAGUAUCUAUAAUGGCCCAGAACGUAAAUUCCUACACCAUCAACGGUACCAACAUAGUUAUCAAAGUCGGUGAUUACGUGCGUAUAAGGACUGAUGACCCUAAGAUACCCACUUCUGUUGCUCAAGUAGAGUCGUUGGAUGUUGAGCGUCAGAUGGUUCGGAUUCGGUGGUAUUACCUACCGGAGGAGACAAAGCAAGGGAGGAGAACCUUUCAUGGUAUAAAGGAGGUGCUUUUAUCUAAUCACUAUGAUGUGCGUAGCAUCCAUACCAUCCAAGGGAAGUGUGUUGUUUAUUCCUUGGAGAACUACAUGAACCUAAAGCCUAUUGGUGCUGACGAUUAUUUUUGCCGAUUUGAAUACAACUGUGUUGAAAAAUGUGUCGUCGAUGGCUUUGUUGACGUGGAAUGCGACUGUGAAAUGCCUUACAAUCCGGAUCUAUUUAUGGUGCAAUGCGAUGGAUGCAUGUGCAGGUUUCAUCCAUCAUGCAAGGGCAUGAAAGAUAAAGAUGCAAUGGGACUAACGAAGUUUCUCUGCUCUAAGAAAUGCUCUGAUGAUGAUGCAAAAUGCUCCGAUGAUGAUGCAAAAUGCUCCGAUGAUGAUGCAAAAUGAUCCUGAAAAUUCUAAAUAACUUGGGUGUUUUUUUAAAUGUGCAUCUUUAUGGCGGUUAUGUAUUUGUUUCUACUUCA